CAAAGCGCUGCAGACAUGCAUCCUCGUGCCGCUAGUCUCGGAGGCAAGAGUCGCAUCUUUGCCUCUCGCGCCUUGGUUCGCAUUUUUCAUCGGCCUCUUGGAAGCGCACACAAACCGCUUGCCGACCGCGAUCCUGUCCUCGUUUCUUUUGCGAGAACCCCAAUCGGAAAAUUCAACGGAUCCUUAGCGUCCCUCUCAGCCCCUCAACUCGGUGCCGUGGCGAUCAAAGCCGCCAUAGCAAGGGUAGGCAUCCAGAAAAAUGAUGUGGAGGAGGUAUUGCUUGGAAACGUGGUGAGCGCGGGCAUCGGCCAAGCCCCCGCCCGACAAGCCAGCAUGGCUGCCGGCCUACCCGUCCAGACUAUCGCCACGACCGUCAACAAGGUGUGCGCCUCGGGCAUGAAGGCCUUGACGCUGGGGGCGCAGAGCAUUUUGUUGGGCCACGCCGACGUGCUGGUCGUGGGCGGGAUGGAGAGCAUGAGCAAUAUACCUUACUACCUGCCCAAGGCCCGAAGCGGGUAUCGGCUGGGUCACGGCCAGCUGGUGGACGGCGUCAUUUUCGACGGUCUCUGGGACCCGUACAACAACCAGCACAUGGGCAUGUGUGCAGAAAAGUGCGCGAAGGAUUUCCACCUCUCCCGGGAGGCCCAGGACGCCUACGCCCGGCUCAGCCACGCACGGACCAAGGCGGCGGUGGAGCAGGGCCUCUGCAAAGAGGAGAUCACGCCGGUGUCCAUCAAGGGGAGGAAAGGGGAGGUUGUGGUGGAGACGGACGAGCAGUACACGGGGAUGGAUCCGGCGAAAUUGCCGACGUUGAAGCCGGCGUUUUUGAAAGGGGAAGGGACGGUGACGGCGGGUAACGCCUCGUCCCUCAACGACG